AUGGCGCUUCAUUACUCUACCAUCAUUCACUUUUACCGUGUAAUGGUGGGACCCGAGGACAUGGGUUACUGUGCCUGCUUUGUCCGUGAUGAUUUCAAGCGCUACAAGGUGGACCUUGCCCAUGUGGCCGAGCACCCGGCAUGUGCGUUGCCCAUCUCGGUGGUGAUCAGCAACACGACGACAGGCACCCGCACCAUCCUGCACGCCGCUAGCAACCUGCCAGAUGUGACAGAUGCUGAUUUUGAACAGGUUAACCUCUCUCAGUACAAGUGGAUUCACUGGGAGGUGACAACUCUCUUCAACAGAAAUGCCUCUGAACAGGUGAAGAUGAUGCGACGGGUAGAAGAGUAUAACGAAACCUGCCCUGAAUCUCAGCGAGUGGGCACAUCCGUGGAGGUGGAGAAGCCACGGCAAGAAUUAUACCAGCUCUUUGGCUAUGGAGAUGUGGUGUUUGUCAGCAAGGACGUGGCUAAAGAUCUUGGUUUCUGUUCUGCCUCUGAAGCUGUGAAGGGGCUAUACAGGCGUGUGAAGCCAGGGGCCACCUUGAUCUGUGCUUGGGCGGAGAAUGGGGCUGAUGCGAUGGGACCAGGUGGGCAACUGCUGCACUCGGAUGCCUUCCCCCCCGACAAUGUCGUGGACACGCUGGGGGCUGGGGACACGUUCAACGCUUCUGUUAUUCUUGCCCUCAGCAGGGGGAGACCACUUCAGGAGGCCAUCACCUAUGGGUGCCAGGUGGCUGGCCGGAAGUGCGGGGUGCACGGCUACGAUGGGAUCGUGUGAGCUGCAUUCCGGAAGCCAUGUCUGCUGGGUCUGGGACCCUUCUCCGAGCCAAGGACCAAAAUCUUCUGCGCUGCUGCACUGCACGCGCACCAUGGACGCUGGUGCCACCCCUGUGCAACUCACAGCUGGUGGGAGAGGGAUAGGCCAAGCCUGACUUGCCACCCUGCACGCAGUGUGCCGUCUGCUCUGG